AUGUCCGAGACAAAUCUAGCCAACGAUGCACUAGUCACAGACCUGAAUCGAAUGGUAGCGUCGCAGUAUCCACCGACAUGGGACUCGGGACAAUUUCGCUCGAUAAGCAGAUAUGACAUUGACCUACUCAAGAGAUGGGACACGCGGACAGUUUUCACGAUGGGGACAUAUAGUAUCUCGCUCUGCUACCAACUGACAGUGAGCAAGGAGGCCACACAGCACCCCUACCUGUUCCAUGCCGCCCUAGCUAUGGCUGCCAUGCAUGAUGGAAGUCUCCAAGUAUCGAGAGAACCUAGUAGCACUAACAACAGCCAGGCAACUCAGUACUACCAUCAUAGCUGUGCUGCAGCACUAUUUAAUCACAGGUUGUCCAGAUCGGUUGAUAAACCAGCAGAUCACAAUGCCAUAUGGGCAACGGCGUCUAUGCUUGGUAACAUGGCGUCAUUUUCUAUCAAGACAUACGAUCCUGAGCUGGCAUGGCCCAUGGCACCGUCGACGGACUCUAGCCUUGGCUGGAUGGAGAUGCAUAAGGGGGUUUAUACCGUUUACAAGAUGGCUUCUCCCGGUGACCCCGGCGGCAUGUUUCAUGCGAUCAUUAACGAUCCUCAAUACACGUUUCUCAAGAACAAAUGGGACGAGGAUACAAGAGAAGGAACCGAAGACAUCCCACCUCAAUUCGUAGCGCUGUGCGACCUUGACCCAUCAUCCAAUGCUCAGAACAAUCCUUAUCACGCGACAGUGCGGGGACUCGCUGCGAUAUGGGAUAUGGAGUGUACACAGGACACGGCGCUCCGUUUCAUCUCAAUCAUUUCGCUGAUGCGGCCGGAAAUGAGCGCGUUGCUAAUGCAGAAAGAUGCGCGCGCCCUGCUUUUACUCGCUUAUUGGUUCACCAAGAUGUUCCACGUGCACUGGUGGUUUCAACAGCGAUGCUUUGUUGAGUGCGCUGCCAUAUGCAUGUACUUGAAGCGGUAUUACCAUUCCGAUCCUCUCAUCAUGGACAUGGUACAAUAUCCGUUAUCGAGACUGGAGGCGGCGUUUUCGGAUCCUGAAAGAAAGAAAGAACUGAGCUUUGCUGAGACAAUAGCAAGAUACAACAACGAUGGAAACGCAAUUGACAUCGACCUUGGUUCAAUAAGUACGUCAACGGAGACGGCAACCCGUGACUCAAUAAGCAUUGUUUGUCAAUGGGCAUGCCAUGCACUCAAUAAUGGUUCUUCCGCUGCAGCGACUAGAUCCAAACGGGCGCCCGACAACAGCCCCAGCGGGUCUCUGUUCACGCUGCUAUCAGCUGACAGCUCAAUGAGGACUAGUCUGGCUGGCGCUGGUUGGCCGGAUAGCCGGAUGAGUCACUCAUGUAACUGCGCCGUCACUAAGCCGGCUAGCACCGUUACGUACCGUUUCCCUCUCAUUCAUGGGAUGGGAAAGUGUACCUUCCCGGUCGUUCUCUUCAAAGUCUGUCACUACCGCUCGUCUCCUGCAACAAAAGAGGGCAGCAGCAAUCCUGUCGACUCUCUGUCCUUUGAAUCGCUCGCUCUAGACGGAGAUCUCACCCAGCAGAAAGGUCGCCCUGCAACCAUGCUGCCUCCAUCACAGCCCCAGCCGGCUCUUAACUCUCGGCCUAUGGUCCUUGCCUUGCCGACCAUCGUCACUGAGACCCGACAGAACCCUCCCGCUGCGAAGCAUUCACGGGAUGUCGACGAGAUGGCCGCAGAUGCCGACGUCGAACGCUCCAUGGCCCGGAGGAAAAAGAACGAACCCCCUAUGGACAUCAAUAAGAAAUGCAGUCACUGUGAUAAAGUCUUCAAACGUCCCUGCGACUUCACCAAGCACGAAAAGACGCACUCCCGCCCUUGGAAGUGCACCCAGCCCGAUUGCAAGUACUUCAGCAUCGGAUGGCCCACCGAGAAGGAGCGUGACCGCCAUGUCAAUGACCGUCACUCGGAAAACCCACCUGAAUACCGCUGCAAAUUUUCUCCAUGCACAUACACCUCGAAGCGUGAGAGCAACUGCAAGCAACACAUGGAAAAGGCACACGGCUGGCAGUAUGUCCGAUCCAAGAACAACGGCAAGCGUGGUAAGACACCUUCGUCUGCCGCAUCCGUGGCCUCGGCCUCUCAGACUCCGCCAACACCGGCCAUGUCCACUCCCGUCUCUAGCCUGAGCACCGAGCUGCCAUCUCCUGCCAGUGGUCAGAUGAUCUCUCCUUACUUCCCCAAUAUGCCCCACGACUUUGCUAUCUACGACCCUCCUGCCAUGUAUGAAGGCUACGUCAACAUGUCCACCGGCGAGCCCUUCAACUUUGCUGAUCCGCCCAUGGUGCCGGGACUUGACUUCCAACUCUUCCCAGACAGCACCGAUAUGGAUACAAUGAGCCUAGAUGCAUUGCCAUCAAACGCCGACUUCGAAGCCUUCGGUGUAGCGAUGGAAGCUUCUGACCCGUCCGCUCACAUGCCACCACCAAGUGCCGACAUGAGCUUGGACCAAUUGGGCCAGGACCAGAUGAACCCAUACUGUUUCGACAGCGAGUUCUUGAAUUACCAGCCUAACAACAAUGGGAUGCCUGAAUAUUAA